GUUCGCUCGCUCACCUUAGACAACUGGGAGCCAGAGUUGAUUCAUGUUAUGCUCAGUCUUGGUAAUCGUCUUGUAAAUUCGAUCUACGAGGCGAACUAUCAACAGGCUUCCGUUGUUCGCUCGCUCACCUUAGACAACUGGGAGCCAGAGUUGAUUCAUGUUAUGCUCAGUCUUGGCAAUCGUCUUGUAAAUUCGAUCUACGAGGCGAACUAUCAACAGGCUUCUGUUGUGUGUCGCUCCUCUGCAUCUAAGAUUUUCGUUUCCAGUGACAACCUUACAGAAUCGUCACUUCAAAAGCCAUGUUCUGACUCAACCGGGGAGGCACGAAAGAUGUGGGCACAAGCUAAAUGGGGCCAGCGAUAUUGGGCGCAAAGCUCAAAUACUUUUUUUCAAUCUAAGUCGAAUGAGCUUAGUCAUAAAAAUUUUUAUGAUGAGAAAACAGGUGUCCAAACAGAGUCAGAUAACUCAUGCGUGCUGUAUCGACUCUAUUUAGCCUGGUUGGAGCAGACGUCGAAUGAGCUUAGUCAUACAAAUUUUUAUGAUGAGAAAACAGGUGUCCAAACAGAGUCAGAUAGCUCAUGCGUGCUGUAUCGACUCUAUUUAGCUUGGUUGGAGCAGACGGUAAUCACUUGCUCUAGGCAUCGGGGCCAGCUUCUGUUCAAAGGCGACAAUGGUGCUGGCCUAGCUGCAUUGACUGGAAGCUCGGGAAAGCCCAUCUCUAUAAUGGAAUGCUGGCCCUUCAGCAAGGCAAAGAUUCUACUUGGUUAG